AUGGAAGGGCCCAGUGCGCAGCAGCAGCUGCAACUGCUGCAGCAGCAGCAACCGCCGCAGCUGCAGCAGCAACUGCAGCAGCCGCAGCAGCCGCAGCAGCCGCACGCACAGCUGAUGCAGCAGCCGACCGACCAAGCUUUCCGGGGGCUGGCAGCGCAGCAGCUCCAGGUGCCCCAGCAGCAGCAGCAGCAGCAGCAGCAAUCCCUCUACCCCCCUCCAUCCAGUUUGGCGCCCCCUCGGGGCUUUUCUGGCCUGGCGUCUCCUGUUGCCUCUUCUUUUCCACCGCCAGCAGCAGCAGCAGCUGCUGCAGCAGCAGCAGCCGCAACACCAGCAGCAGCUGCAGCAGCUAGCGUUCCGCCUGCGCCCAGCAUCAGUCCUCUGCAUCAGCCGGCUCAGCAGCAGCAGCAGCAGCAGCAGCUGCAGCAGCUGCAGCAGCUGCCACAGCAGCAGCAGCCGAGCUUGCUGUCUUAUUCUCGCCCCGCGCCCCCAUACAAUUUUUUCUCCUUUUCGGGCGGGCCGAAGCCCUUCAUGCAGCAGCAGCCGCUGCAGCCGCUGCAGCAGCAGCAGCAGCAGCCGCUGCUGGCUUCUGCUGCUGCUGCUGCUGCUGCUUGCGGCUACAGCGGGGCGUCUUCCCCAGUUCGUCAGCAGCGGGCGACUUCCUUCUUUGCUGCUGAGGGCCCCCUGGC